AUGUCAACCAUUCAAGACAGCACCAUUCGCCUCAACACACAGGAGGACUGGAUGCAGUGGCAGACGCAGUUUGAAGGCCUAGCUAGAGGCAAGGAUAUUUGGGAUAUUAUUACAGGUGACGGAGAGGAUCUUCCAAAGCCUAGAAUGCCUAACGAAGAGGAUUAUCUUCCUCCACCUGCUAAUAGCACCCGAAAUGCCUCCACAGGGUCCCAUGCGGAAUAUCAGUUGGCUUGGACAAUUUAUCGAACCAAACUGGAGGAAGUCAAAGAACUGGCUCGAGAAGCUUAUCAAAAGGCCAUCAAGACUCCAAAGCCCAGGGACAUCAACACCUGGAUAAACAAUUGGGAGUUAGCCAUGCAGAAGGGGAUAAAGGCAAAGAUUGCAGUUGCUACUUCCUUAACUGAUUGGAUUAAAGACUUUCUAAAUGCAGUGCGAUCUUUGAAUCCUCACUGGGUAGAAUCUUAUUGGAUAAAUAAGAAGCAAGACAUUCAAGAAGAAAGCCUCUCCUUUAGAAUGGUCGCGCAGGACUUCCGUGAUAGCAUGAAUCGAAUGGGAUUACCUCAAGGCAAGAUUGCCAAGGGAUCAUUCGGUCCUACCUUUGGAACUCAAGACGAAGGUAGUGAUGCCUCUAUCUCUGGAACUCAUGGCAGAGAUAGUGACGAAGAUAAGGCACCCGCACCAGAUACUAGGAGGUCCCGAAAGCGGAAGCAGAGGACCGAAAGCCGUGGAUCACCGAAGGAGUUCAAGAGGAACAAUCCGGGAUCAUCAAGACCGGCAAAGGCCUGCAGAGCUUGCGGACAAUGGCAUAAUUGGAAGGAUUGCUUUUAUUUAUUCCCUAGGAAGGCCCCAGAAGGAUAUCAGGAGCGUUCUGAAGUUAGAAGGUUGGUAAAUCUGUCACUAAAGGAUGAUCAAAGCUUUGCCAAGCAGGUGGAAGAAGAAAUAAAGCAAAAGGCUCAAGAAUGA